UAUUUAUAAAGUCUAAGCACAUGGUUUCAUUUUGAUUAUUUGUAGAAGUAUGAAGACUUUUUGGAAGAUAUGUUCUGCCUUCCAAGUAUUGACACAGAAAGAGCUAAAUUUCUAGCAAAAUUAUAUUUUGGCAGUUACACGUCAUAUGAAGAUUUCGAAGGGGAUAUUAAUAAGUAUAAAAUGGAUAUUGGAAGUCAAGAUGCCAAGAAACUUGCAGAAAAAUACUUUAAAAAUUAUACGGGUUAUAGAAAGUUUUCAAAGAAACUCUAUGAACUUCAAAAGUAUCACAGAGAAGAUAAUGAUGAUAUGGUGAAAAAAUAUUUUCAGAGUAUCAAGGAAUAUAGAGAUUUUGCAGAAGAAAUACGUAAUUUUCCAAACAGUGUUCUCCCAAAGGAAGCAAAGAAAUUAUCAGGAAAAAAUUUUAGAUGCAUGAAGGGUUUAGGACAUUUUUGGAAUAAACUGUGCAGUCUUCCAUAUAUUGACAGAGAAAGAGCUAAGAUGAUAGCAAAAAAACAUUUUGGAAGUAACAAGUCAUAUGAAGAUUUCGAAAAGGAAAUGCAGAACUAUCCAUACUCUAUAAAAAAGAAGGAAGCUCUGGAACUGGUAGGGAGACACUUUAAAGAACGCGAGCGUUACAGAGAUCUUUUGAACGACCUGGACAAUGAAGAUAUUGACAAAGAAAGAGCUAAGUAAAUAUUUUUAAUACAUUUUGUUUAAAUUGGAUUUUUGCUUUAUUGAAAUGAGGAGAUUGUGA